AUGAUGAAGUUCCGGCGCUCCAUGAAGAGCGACAAACACGAUACAAACAAGCCCGUGCAAAUCUCCAUUCCCCAGAAAGACGCCAUUGCCAUCGAGCCGCCGAAAAAGGUGAUCAAAGCGCUCUACGACUACAAUGCGCCCGCCGACACCGACAUGUACAUGUCUUUUUCCGCCGGCGAUUUUCUCCAUGUGGUCAGCCGCGAGAACGAUGAAGAGUGGUAUGAGGCGUGCAAUCCGCUGAAGAACGAGCGUGGAUUGGUUCCGGUCAAAUAUUUCGAUGAAGUGGGCAAGACGGUGCGGGACAGUGCAGGCUCCAGAAGGUCCGGGAAUGCCACACACGACAGUGGAUAUGCGGAAGGCACACCAGGGCAUGCCCGGGCUGCGGGGGUCGGUGCCUACGAGCCAGGGCACAGGGCGAGCAAAUCGAUGGGGAGGAAUGCCGCGGGUGUCUAUGGCAUUGUUUCGUACGACUUCCAUGCCGAGCGGCCGGACGAGCUGGAUGCGAAGGAAGGCGAGGCGAUCAUUGUCAUUGCGCAGUCAAAUCCAGAAUGGUUUGUUGCCAAGCCAAUCACACGACUGGGAGGGCCAGGCCUGAUACCGGUGUCGUUCAUCGAGAUACGGGACAUGACCACCGGCCAGAUUGUUGCCGACCCGCUCGAAGCGGUGCAGAAGGCAGGCAUACCUCGCGUAGAGGAGUGGAAGAAGAUGGCUGCGGAGUAUAAGAACACCAGUAUCCCUCUUGGCACCGUCUCGAGCAGCCAGCAGAUUCAGAAUAUGCAACAAGGAAUGGAGCGGAUGAGCAUGGGCAAUGGGCAGUCCAACGGCUACGGACACGACAGACCAUACGGAUAUCCACAGCAGCAGCAGGCCCUUUACUCGCCCGUUCGAGCAGCAGUGCCCCGAUACGAAUACGCCGAAGACAAGUUCCAUUUCAUCGUGGAAUGCAAGCUGUCAAAUGGUGCGCACUGGGACCUCUCGCGCAUUUACGAAGACUUCUACCAGCUGCAGAUCCACCUCAUCAGUGCCUUCCCCGAGGAGGCAGGCAAGUGUCCCCCGAUUGAGAGGACCUUGCCCUUCAUGCCUGGCCCGGUACAGUUCGUAACAGACACCAUCAGCGAAGGCCGACGAUCCAGUCUGAACGAAUAUCUGCGCGAGUUGCUCGCCCUCGAUCCCAAAUUCGCGGCCUCUCCCAUCGUGCGGAGCUUCUUUGCUCCGCGCCCUGGAGAUCGCGAGGUGGAUCCGUCUGUUGUGGACUUGAACGAACACGCACGGCCCGAACCUGGAAUUGCACGACACUCUGGAGUACCGCAAGGCCAGGUUCCGAACGGCGUGCAGCAGCAACAGCAACCACAAGGCGCAAAUGGGCAGAGCCACCAGAGACAGCAAUCGUCGCUCGCGGGCCCAACCUUUGCUCAACUUGGCCACGACCGAAACCCUUCCUCCUCCAGCCAACAGCCUCAGAAUCAACCGCAGCAAAGCAACGGCGCGCCAGCUCCGAUUCCACCAUCCACCGCCCCCGUGAAGGUGAAAGCUUGGUUCGACCGUGACACCUGCGUCGUCAUCCGCAUGCCGCCCCGGGGCCAAUUCAACUUCGAACAACUCUACCAGCGAAUCGUAGAGCGACGGCGACUGGAGUACAAGGGACAGGACCAGGACGAUGAAAGUCUGGAUAUAGAGUAUCGCGACGAGAAGGACGGCGAGUACUAUCGUCUUGAAGGCGAUGAGGACCUCGACAUCGCCGUGGAGAGGAAUGAGAAGCUGACGCUGGCGGUUCGCGCCACCGGCAAGUGA